AUGUUAAUUUUUUUAUAAAAAAAAAUUAAGUUAUAUUAUCGUAAAAUAAUUUUAUAUAACAUUUUCAUUUGUAAGAGAAUUCCGAAAAUAUCAUUCAUUGUUGUGAAAUUGCGAAUAACAGUUUCUCUGCCCCCUCUUUCACCUGCCCCGCCACGAAACCCUAGAACCCUCAUCGAAAACUUGCAAGUCCCAAUCGCCACCAUCCCUUUCCCUCCGAUCAAAGCGUUCGUCCUGUUCCGAUGGCGACUAUCAGCCUCCGGAAGGGCAACGCCCGGCUUCCUCCGGAAGUGAACCGAGUGCUGUACGUCCGGAACCUGCCCUUCAACAUCACCAGCGAGGAGAUGUACGACAUCUUCGGCAAGUAUGGGGCGAUCAGGCAGAUACGGAUCGGCACCAACAAGGACACCCGCGGUACCGCCUUUGUCGUCUACGAGGACAUCUACGACGCCAAGACAGCCGUCGACCACCUCUCCGGUUUCAACGUCGCCAACAGGUACCUCAUCGUCCUCUACUACCAGCAGGCCAAGAUGAGCAAGAAGUUCGAUCAGAAGAAGAAGGAGGAGGAGAUCGCCAGGCUGCAGGAGAAGUACGGUGUCUCCACCAAAGAUAAGUAGAUUCAAUUGAAAUGAAUUUUGCUUUUUCUUUUCCCUGCCUGGGUUGUGUUUUCUUUGCUUGGUUGCCUAGAUGGUAGUGAAAUGGGAGAGAAAACGGGAACUUGAAAUUUGUUCUGGUGUUCCGGAAAGUUUUAAUUUCCUCUUCUAUCAUUUUCAUCUGCUUUCGUGGCUGCCAAACCAAGGAUUUAGGUGUUCCGACAUUUUGAGAUUAGAGGCAGACUGUAAUUUUUUAGUUGUGAAAAUUUUAUUGUGUAAUCAGUGGGAUUGCUGAGAUGAAGCAGGAACAUGUUGUUUACAAGUAAUCUUUCUAAAACGAUCUUACCUAGGUUUCUGAAUGUUUAGUGGGAAUUCCUAGUUUGUGAAAUUUGUAUGCCACUCAAACUAUUUGUAACAGUAAUAUGUGACUGUUUGUACAUGGGUUUAUAGCUAAGUUCGUCAUUGAUUUA